GCACCUGUGAAACCAUUUAACAUUGUUUAAUAUAAAAUUACUUUGUGAAAAGAAAUACAGAUCAGGAAGAGAAGCAAGAAAGGCAUAAAAUUCAUAUAAUUCUUCAUUUUCAGGAAAUAACUUCUCUUGCUCUUUAGCAGUCCCUUUUCCAGUUACUGUCCUUUGUUUCUUUUUGACAUUCCAUUUUCACAGAAAGAAUUAACUUCUUCGCAGUUCUCUUGACCGCGGAUCGAAAUGGAUUUAAAACAGAGGGCGGACCAAUGGGAAGGUGAGCGACGUGCCCAUGCGCGCUCCGAUAACCUACUCCUGUCAUAAGGUGCGCGACUUACCUGUGGUAGUCGGUGAAAAAUGUUCUAACAAGGCUGUUGUUUCGUUCGAUUUUCAUCGCGAGUGAAAUUUGUUGAGUCUAAUCACGGACUUCAACGAUAUAAGGGUAAAAAGCGAGGGUGAGCUUUCAGAAAAUGACAACAACAGGCUGUCAAAUUGACCCACAACUGUCAUUCUAUAGCACAACUUCGUUGUUAUUACCGUGAAUUUAAAAAAUCAAACAAUUCAAGAACAUUAAACAAUUGAAGAAAUGAGAAAUAAAGUAAUCUUGAAUUAUUUUCAAGAAAAGGAUUGUUUAUCAGCCUUCUCCCCAUAAACGUGUACUGUUAUUCAUGUAUCUAAAACAGCAAGCAUGAAAUAAAAAUUAAAAUUUAAAGAAACAUUUUUGUUGGAAAGAUAAGAGCAGCAUGUGUAUUAGAUACUAACCUGCGGCGAUAACGAAGGGGCGCAACGAAAUUCAAUACUUUUCAACCAGCGUGCCAAAUCGUAUCCGCAUAACUGAAAAAUAUGAAAAAUGUUAAUAUCUAACAAUAAAUUGAAUGAUAAUUGUCGAUACUGUGUCUACAUUCCUUUAAUAUACUAAUAUAAAGAGCUCCAUAUAAUUAACGCUAUUGAACGUCUUUAAUGUCCAUCAGUCAGAAAUUAAAAAAGUAAACAAAAAAAGAAGAAAAUACCUAAGAAUAAUAUAUAUUUAAUUGAAAGAGAUGUCAAAAAAUAGACAAGCGCCUGCGCCCAUCGACAUAUUCCUGUUCGAGCCGGUGUUGAGAAGUCGGACGGGCGUAAAAAAUUCUCUCCACGACGUCGUUCGCAUAAUCCCUGUGUUCCUCGAUCGCUCGGAGACCGUGACGGAAGGAUUAUGUGACUGGGCCGUUGAAAAAGGAGGAUGCAGUUUGGAGAAGCAUCGUUGAACCGGAUUUAUUCUGGUUGCUUGACUCGGUGUUAUCGUCGCCAACGACGUCCUCGUCGGCGUCAUCGAGGUCGCGACAUUCGAAUUGGAAGGAUCUGGCACGGUCCAGGAUCGGCCAGAGAAUGUUGGCGGAAAUGGUUCGGCUGUCUUACCAGCAUCGAGCGUUUUACUGCUACGUGAUUCUAAGCGUAUGGAUCUUCCUCCUCGUUGCUGGUAUGUACAAAUACAUUGGCAUAGAUGAAAAAAGUUCAGUACAAACAAGAGUUCUGGGGAAUGAUAUAUCCAUCAGGGAAUUUCCUAGAAACUUGAAAGCUGAUGUAAAAACGAAAAAGAUAUUUCGGUUUUGUAAUCCUCCCAAUGAUAUUGCAGCAGAAACUGAAGGAAAAUUGGAUGGGAAUCUGACGUUAGGAGGUAUUUUAGUAUUCAUUCGACAUGGAGAUAGAGGGCCAUUAGCUCACAUACGAAACAUAAGCAUAGUUAAUUGUGGCGGAGAGUUGAAUGGUAUACCUGAGUUAGAGAACUUGUACCAGAAUUAUGUAAAUUUUCUACAAAACGUCUCCAGUUAUUCCAGAACAGCAUGGGCACAAUUCCUGGGACCGUUCCAUGGUUUUCCUAUGCUGCCAGCCAACUCUAAAGACUGUAGAAUUGGUCAGUUAACGACACUUGGUAUCGGGCAACUCUUAAAAACAGGAAUCAUACUUAAAAAUGCGUACUACCAUAAGCUUAAUCUUGGGAACGGCACCAUAUCCAGCAAAGACAUCGUUGUGUAUAGCACUAGAUAUAGAAGAACGGUUCAGAGCGCAGUUGCACUAUUGUACGCCCUGUUAGAGACCGAUGGCUUUCAGAACCUAGCUAAAGUUACUAUGCAAGAAAGCCAGAGUUACGCGUUUUGUAACACGGACUGCGCGUGUCCUGUUGCUGAGAAAUUUUUCAAACAACAUUUGAAGGAAAUGUCGGACCACUUGAAAUCUCAUCCAGCAGUGGCAGACCUGAUAAGGCAGGCUUCCAGUGCAGUCUUCGAAAUCCCUGAUCAGGCACAGAUGACGGAUCCCCAUACCCUGAAAGAUGCAUUGUUAACGUACAUCUGUCAUGGUGCUUCUCUACCAUGCAUGGACUUUGAAACGCAACGCGUUUGCGUGAAAACGGAACACGUUACAGGCCUGUUCGCGUAUACGGAAUGGGAGUCUAAACAAAUUGCAAAGAGCAGCAAUCGCAGGAAAUACGGAUUGUUAAGGGCGUACGGACUUCUUAGGAGUAUCGUUUCUUACAUGCUACGCAUUAUAUCGGAGGCGAAACCUAAGAUCGUUUUGUACUCUGGUCAUGACAAGACUUUGGAAUACCUUGCGACCGCUCUUGGAAUCUUCUCCGACAAGUUGACCAUGCCACAUUACGCUUCCCGCUUCGUGAUCGAGGUUUAUCGAAUUAAUCCGAAGAACGAGAACCACGUAGCUAGUGACUUUUAUUUCCGCGUCAUCAUAAACGGGAAGGAUUUCACCCAAAAGAUACCUUUUUGCCGAAACGCAAAUUUUUACACUGUCAGUUAUUUCGAACGCAACGAUGCCGAGAAAACGCGCCGAGAUUCAAAAUUGUGCCCGAUCGAAACGAUUAUCAGGCAACUUCACGACGAUUACUUCGGACCGUUCAAUGCAACUAACUUCAAGGAUGCGUGCACCAAUCACAAGCGCGGGUAAUUUGAAUUUUCUCCAUUUUACUUCUCUGUGAAGAACAAUCAUAAAUGGAAAAUAUUCUCCAAAGAUCUUCAAAUUUUAAAUCGACACGGGGUGCAAAUUCGAACCUCUAGUAAUAUUAUAAUAUUUUACAAAGAAAGUAUUACAAACUCCUGUAACUUUGCUACAAAAAAACAAAAGUUGAAACAUGUAAGAUAUGCACUGUUCAAAGUAUGUCUUUAUAACAAAAAAGAAAGCCUUACAUUCUUAGAUUACAUUGAACAAACUCGGAUGUAGCUUUAGAUAUAUCGAAGAUAUACAGGAUGUCUGAUAACUCCUGUAAUACCCGGAAAUUAGGGGUUGCUGGGGUGAUUCUGAACAACUUUUUCCUUUACCAAAAUGUUGGUUAAAG